AUGCAUCACCUUGGUCAUGCCCUAUUAAGCUUGUCGGGCCAUUUGGCUUUGACUGCUGCAUUUCGCUGUGGGAAUCAUUACGACGCAGUCAUCAUUGGCGGUGGUGCGUCAGAUACAUACACAGCUGUCCGAAUAAAAGUCGAGGGCAAAAGAGUUUCAUUGAUUGAGCGAGAGGACCAUCUGGGUGGCCAAGUCAACACGUACAUCGACCUAACCACGCAGCAGCCUUUCGACCACGGCGUGCUCAUCUACGAGAACAUCUCCGUCUUGCGAACUUUUUUCGACUCCGUGAAAGCACCCUACAAAAGUGCAGGACCGUUCCUCCCAGGCAUGAAAGACGCCUACGUCGAUUUUGCAUCGAAACAAGCCGUUUUGCCCGCCCAAGCCGCUGCCAUAUCAGGAAACGCAACAGAGCAGACGACGAUCUACAUCGAGCAACUGAAAAGAUUCCCAUACCUCUCAGAAGCAGGCUGCCAUCUCCCCGAUCCCGUGCUAGAAGAGCUGAUAAUCCCCUUCGGCGACUGGUUGGAGAAAUACAACAUCAAGGGCCUUGCAGCUGGUCUUUUCAAUUUCGAUUAUGCGGGAAUAUCCUUGCUCAGCCUGCGUUGUAUAUGCUAA